GUAUAAUAUGCCGCUGAAAAAUGUCAACAUAAUGCCAUACAAAUUUCUUAAAUUAUAUACUGAAAAAUGGAAACAAUAUCCAAGAUUUCCCUGAUAUUGGUUCUAUUCCUAAUUUUUGCAAGUGUUUUUACUGUGGAUGUAUAUGCAGUCACGCUGGCUGCAAAUGUAGAUGGGAAUGCCUAUAAGACCGUCGUCGACAGUGUUGCGAACGCCGCCUCCGUAGCUUUAGUCGCAGACGAAUCACCAUUAGUUAGCUCAGAAGCAGCACAACAACAAAGUGGAGCGCCAGUAAAAUCGAAAGCGUCACCAGCAAGUAGCGCAACUUUCGACGCUGUACGAAAUAAUUUCCUAAAGCAAAACCAACAGCUAACAGAUGAGCCCUCAGCAUUGACCUCAGCGGCAUUUUCGGUCAAUCGGCAGCAACAAGCCUCAUGCAUAUCAACAUUUGCAAAAGAAGAGCCACCGCGACAACCGCCACAGAAGAAGUAUGAACAUGAAAUCUCCGUGCUGGGUUAUAAAAUUCAAAUACCUUCAUUCGUAAUAGACGGUAUGAGUUCCGUGCCAACUGGUGCGGAAGUAAAUGCCGGCGGAGCUGUUGGUGCAGAUGCAGACACCAUAUUUGAAUGGAUUGGCGACAGUGGCAGUUCUGAUGAUGCGAACAUUUUCAAGCUCUUCUGCGAGAACACCACCAUCAGUAAUGUAAAUGCGGAACUGCGUUCCAAAAUGUAUAUCAAUUAUGGUUACAUAAUCCUGCAGCAUUGCUAUGUCAACGAGGAUGCGUCGUCAUUGCAAUUGCAACAGUACGAAAGUGUGCGAAACUUCAAGUGGUCGUAUAGCAAUGUGCAUGACCAACAAUUGGAAACGCUUUUUUCGAGUCAUAAAUCGAAUUUCGAGAAUUUAGAAUCCCUUGAUUUGACGGCUAAUCAACUGGAUUGCUCCCAUUGGGCUCAACCGCAGACGGUGCGCCGUUUGCUUAUGUUGAAGCUAACGCGCAACGCUAUAGGCACACAGAGCUGUGCACUCUCCGAAUUCCAGCACAUGAAUCACUUGAUCGAGCUGCGAUUGGACGACAAUCGCAUACAUGAGUUGAGUCAGCAGUUCUUGGGCCACCUCAGCGAAUUAAAAGGGUUGAAUUUAACUCGCAAUAUGCUGAGCAAUUUGACACGCAACACUUUCAACGGAGCAUUAAAGCUGCAGCGACUCUAUAUUGCGCACAAUCGUUUAAGGACAUUGCCCUUCCAGCUAUUCCAAAGCAUGCGCGAUCUACAAACGCUCGAUCUGUCUAAUAACCGUUUGUUUUACUUCUCAGAUAAUUUCUUCGCGUUGAAUGGGGAACUGCGCGAGAUGUAUCUGCAAAACAAUGCCAUGGAGACUAUUGGCAAGAACACAUUUCACAAUUUGCAAAAGUUACGCUACCUGGACGUAUCCGAAAACAAUAUAAGCAGCAUAGAUCGCAAAGCAUUCGAAUCACUUUCAAACCUCUUUAUGUUGAACAUGUCGAUGAAUAGCAUUACCACAGUUUCCUCCAUACUCUUUCAUCCGCUUCAUAAUCUCCAGCAGCUCGAUUUGAGUCACAACAAAUUCACCCAGCUGCCGAGCGGCGUAUUUAUGUCCCAACGCGCCUUACUUUUGUUGCGCAUUGACUCAACGCCGCUAGAGAAGAUCGGUAAUUUCAUUUCGCGUAACAAUGAUUACGUUGAUCCGAAGGUGCUGGCAAAUUUGCGCAUUCUUUCUAUACAGCACAACAAGCAAUUGACACAGCUUACUCGUACCCUCUUUCGCAAUACGCCCAAUCUGCACGAGCUCCUUCUGGCUGGAAAUGCUUUGCAGCAUUUACCCGCAGAGAUAGGGCAACUUAGUCAAUUGCAGCGUUUAAAUGUGCGCGAUAACAAGCUCGUCUAUAUACCGGAGAGUGUGCAGUAUUUGCCGAGACUACGUUUCAUACACAUUCGAUACAACGAUUACAUAUGCGAUUGUCGCAUGUACUGGUUGGGCGAGUGGCUGAGCAAUAGCAGUUCAACGUUGCGUCGUCUGCGUGCCGUUCACAUUGGCAGCUUGUACGAGGGACCCGUCAUGCUGGCGGACGUGUCGUCAGUGGACACAGGCGAUGACAUAGAUGAGCUUAUUGAUUCACUUACUUGUCACCAUGGCCAUCCGGGCGACAUGGUGAAUGUACUGCAGCAUCUGCAUUGCUUGAAGCCGGUCAUAAUGGAGUCGUCUGAGUCGAAAAUGCACAAACUACACUCGACGGCAAAACUGGAAUGCAUGUUUUCGGGCAGUCCCGCUCCAGACGUCAUUUGGGUAACGCCUACAAAUAAGAUUUUACGCCACCACGCGGAUCCGGACAAGCGACCUGUCAUCAUCAAUCACAACGAAAACAUAAUCGGACAUUUGCCACUAACAUCGCUUAUUAUGGACGAUAACAACAUGCUAAACGUCAGUCUGCAGGCCAGUGACGUUAUGAAUCGGGUGACAUUGAUCGAGAACGGUACACUGUUGGUACACAAUAUUUCGCGAAGCGAUAGCGGACUCUACAGUUGUUAUGCAUACAACAUUAUGGGAAAUGCGUCGGCGUUUAUGAGAAUUUAUAUAGACCCAAUCGUCUUCUAUCGUGUUAAAAUUGAGAGCCUGCUCUCAGGCAUCGCCGCUGCCACCACAUUUCUUCUGCUGACACUGAUAGUGCAAGGGCUUCGCUCGCUUUGCGCCAAAUGUGGUAUUUUCGAUAAAUUUUACUGCUGCGUACGCAACAAGCAAUCACCCAGGGCACGACAAAUUUAUGCUAUGCUCGACAGCAUUGAAAGUUAUAAAAGCCAGCAAUUAGAACGACUACGCGAGAACUAUGCACAACAAGUGCAUCGUAUUCGGGAGAAUUGCGUACAACAAGUUGAAUGGAUACAAAGCAGUUAUACCUCUCAAGCCAAAUAUUUGAAAGAAUUUAGAGACAUGGGCUCCACUCAUUUAACAUCACUAAAAGAUCAAUACUACGAUCAAGUGAAAAAGGUUCGUGAUUAUUCUACGGGACAAUUGAGUUGGGUGCGCGAGAAUUACGUCUUCCAACGUAACAAAAUUCGUAAAUUCAGUGCGCAUCAGGUUUUGCGCUUGCGUGAGGGAUACAAAUAUCAACAACAGACACUAAAUAAAGUCUUGGAGAAUCUUCCGAGCUUCUAUUUUGAAAACUGUCGGGGCCGCUGCGAAGAGGAUAUAGCGGAAGAUAUUGAAGUCUACUUCAAAAGUCAGUGGGGCGAUCAAUAUAAUCCUAGGGCGGCUAAAGUGAAGAGUUUAAAAAGUAGAUUAGCUGUCAUGGCUCUGAACUCCACUAGCAAAGCAUCAGUAUACUACACACCACCUGAAGAUGAGUUAAGACGCUCACAUCUCCAAUUACAAACCUCCUCUAUACACAUCAAUUAUAUCGAUGAAAAUUUGGAUCACAAGAAAUUCGAGUUAAAUGAAUCGAAAAUAGGCACGGAAUUCCUUUUUAAUACACCCAUGAUGUUUGCCGGUUAUGGCGGUAGCGACGGCGACGGCUUAACAUCACUACCCAAGGCUGAGAUCACUUUAAGUCAAUUGAAAAUAACCGAUAAGCACCCGGCGGGUGCGGGUAGCAUUGAAGAUAACUGUUAUGCCGCCACAUUGGCGGAUCAGGUGGUGCCAAUGAAAAGUGCCGAAAAUAAAAAGCAUCGCCACAGACGUGACCACAAGUGUGACCGACACUCACGAGCCACACACAACGACGGUGGUGAUCAUCGUACAGAUACUGCUGCUGCAGAUAGCAAUAUUGAGUUGAAUGAAUUGCGCGACUAUAAGGAUAUAAACGACGUGAAAAGCUCCAAGUCUUGCCCGGCCAUUUAUAAGGUGUCCAAACAACAAGAUGGCUCUACGCUGCAUGAAUUGCUUACUGAACACCAAAGAGGGGAUGGUAAUUCGAAUAGUACGCGCUUAAAUCCAGUCGGUGAGCCGCCUCACACACUUGAAUCGGAACUCUUCCAACGAGCAAGCACAUCUUGUAGUGGCGGCAAAGGCAGCCGAAAGCUAUGUAAAGAGAAGCUGAAUAUUAUCUUGGAUGAGAGUGGCAAAUCAACACUGUAUAAUGGGUCAAAGUCUGAGGUGUGUGGAGGUGCGAGGAAAAAGGAUACUAAAUAUGCGUCUUGCUCCACAAUGACAUCGUUACAAAGCAAAGGCAGUUUGCCUGAUUUGGAGGCAUAUGCUGGUGCUGGUGCUGGUGGAGCUGGUGAUAGUAAGUACAAGGAGGGACUAUGUUGCAGCAAUUCGGCUCCAGCAUCGUCUCCUGCAUCAAUAGAAUUGUCAAACUGUGACAACGUAAGCUUCAGCAGUGAUUCCAACAAUAGCAGCUGUAAUACCAACAAACGUAGUAGUGUAGAAGUAGUAAAUCUUUCUUAGAGAUUCAUAUUUUAACCAUUAAAUAAUGCAUUAAAAAGAUAACAAAUUUAAUUACAGAAAAAGGAAAAACUAGAAAAAACUAAACAAAAUGAAUGACAAAUAUUUAUUUUGUGAAGGUGAACUACAUAUGAUUGUAAGAUAAAACUGAAUGAAGGAUUUCUAUUUAAAUUAUUGCGCGAAAGCCAAGUUUAUUAUAAUUAUAAAAAAGAAGGAAAUUUAGAUGAAAUGUUUGUUGUAAAAAUAAGAAAAAUACUGUUUCGUAAAGUCUCACAGCAAAAUGUUGUAACACACAGUUUAGCUAAGCAUACAAAUUUAGAAACUAAUGAAAUGACAUACGAUUCUUGCAAAAAUUUGUGCUCCACAGAAUUUGUGAUUUCUUUCUAAAUUCAAGCAAACAUACAUACAUACACUCAUACAUACUACUCGAGAUGAAUUUUUGUGAAUUUUAAAACAAUGCAAACAAUUUAUAUGCCACAUAUGUGUAUUGGUAAAUUGAAUUGAAAAUAAUUGAAAAGCGUCGCGUAUAAACAUAUUAUAAAGGAUGAAUUCAAAUUAAAUACAAAAAAAGAAAUUAAACAUUCA